GUGAUGGCAACCAGAACGGUCGGCGAUAAAGCGAAGUGGCGCAGGAGAAAAUUAUCAAAGAUUCCUGACGAUGACAAUGACUGCGCUAGUUUGGCUUGGCUCCUUAAUUUUCGACUGGACGCGCUUGUUAAUGUGAAGGUGCCUGAAGAUGAGGUGCGCGUUGAGGAACCUCUGACUGUGAAGAAACCACCGUACACAUAUCCCGAACUAAUCGAGAGAGCUUUGAGAGAAAGAGGGGAGCUUACAGUCUCGGGAAUUUAUCAAUGGAUUUCUGAUCACUUUCCUUUCUACAAAGCGAAUGAUGAGCGUUGGAAAAACUCAGUUCGGCACAACUUGUCAAUCAACCCUCACUUCCGCAAGGGUGCGCGGGCGUCACAAGGAGCUGGUCAUCUUUGGUCGUUAGCCGCCAAUGCAAUAGACUUGCUGCCACAGAGGAGAGAGCAAGAGAAGACUGAGCGAUUGGAAGCUCAUAUAAUUGAGUGCCCCAAGGUGAUCGUACUAGACGAGGCCGCUAUUGCUGCGGCGAGUAUAAUUCCUGAUCAAGACAUAUUCAAUGGAGGGGCAAUGUUCCUUAACCCCGUGUCUGCAGAGCAAGUGGUGCGCGAGUGUGGACUCAUCACUGGCCUAUAAGUUUUCAUACAAUUUUAGAGCAUAACUUAACUAACUUAGGUAACAAAUUCUAUGGCUUUGUGUAACUGAGGUGCAAAAACCAGCUAACCUGUUGAAGAACUGUAAAAGUGGACACUAAAAAGUAGAAAUGGGCGAUUACUGCGAAACAAAAAACGAUCUAUUGCGCAUUUGUCAAUUUCAUCGUUGAUCGCCAGCUGGAUCACAUUCUCAUCGCAUGUUUUGUAUUAUCUUAUAUUUUAUUUAUGUAACUCGCUUGUGUUGUCAAAUUAUGUUUAUGUAACAGUGAAUGAUUGAAUAAGGUUGAUUUAUUUUACUUUAAAUUUUAUCAGCACGUGUCAAUUACAAACGGGACAGUCGACAGCCCCCCAAAAAUAGUCGUCAAUUGUUUUAAUGAAACGAGCAAUGGAAUUUGAUUAGCGUUAGCAACACAUCGUCACUAGAAAUAUUUUUUUGCCUUACGUUUACAUUGACGUUUUGUAGGUCUUCAUAAUUAACGUAUAGUUAAUGGUUCAUGUAAUUUUCGUUGUCUAGUCUUACCUUUGUCUAGAUCAAGUAAAAGCUUGUUAGGAAACUUUGUUGAAAUUAACUUGGCGUGUCGACUUUAGCAAAGUUGAUCUCACCACUCGUACAAUAAAUGCAAAUAGUCUAUUAUUUACUUUGCAAUUAUAUGUAAUUCUAAUAAUUUUAAUAUCUUCCUGGAAUG